UUCAAGCUUCAUCUUCUCAUCACAGAGCUCCGGCAAUGGCUUCCACGGCGAAGGAACAAUCAACCAUAGCUUCCUCCAACUCCGACGACGGCCAAGAACAACAACACUGCGCUUACGCUGCGCAAUUGGUUACCUCAACGGUUCUGCCGAUGACACUCCAAGCAGCCUUCGAGCUCGGCUUGUUUGAGAUCUUGGCCAAGGCCGGUGAUGGGGCCGAGCUGUCUCCGAUCGAGAUAGCCGCUAAGAUAACCAUGUCGAACCCGGAUGCAGCGUCGAUGAUCGAUCGGAUCCUGAGGCUUCUGGCGGCCCACUCCGUGGUUGGGUGCUCGGUGAUCAUCGAUGAAAAUGGGAAUCAGCAAAGAUUGUAUAGCCUUAAGCCGGUGGCUAAGUAUUUCAUUCUUAACGAAGAUGGCGUGUCGUUGGGUGCUUUUUUAUCGUUGAUCCAAGACAAAGUCUCGCUCCAAAGCUGGAGUGAGCUCAAAAAUGCUGUCAUCAAAGGAGGAGUUCCAUUCAAUAGGGCUCAUGGGGGACUUCAUGCCUUCGAAUACCCUUGUUUGGAUCAAAGAUUUAAUCAAGUUUUCAACAACGCAAUGAUAAAUAACACUGCCACGGCCAUCAAGACAGCUGUCAAAUAUUACAACGGUUUUGCAAACCUCAAGCAACUAGUUGAUGUUGGUGGUGGCCUCGGAGUGACCCUUAAAAUCAUCACAUCUGCAUACCCUUCAAUCAAAGGCAUCAACUUUGACUUGCCUCAUGUCAUUCAAGAUGCACCGUCCUAUCCAGGUGUAGAACAUGUAGGAGGAGACAUGUUUGAGAAAGUUCCAAAUGGAGAUGCUAUUUUUAUGAAGUGUGUAAUUCAUGAUUGGAGUGACGAGCAAUGCGUGAAGCUAUUGAAAAAUUGCUACGCUGCGAUCCCAGACGAUGGGAAGGUAAUCGUGAUGGAAGGAGUGGUUCCGACGGUGCCGGAGACCACGGACGCAGCCAAAGCCGUCAUCCAAUGCGAUAUUCUUAUGAUGACUCAAAGCAUAGGAGGAAGGGAGCGAACUCGGGAUGAAUUUAAAGCCCUUGCAACCAAAGCUGGCUUUAAAUUCAUCAAAUUCGUCUGUUUCGUAAGCAAUCAUUGGAUCAUAGAGUUCUUGAAAUGA